AGAAACCAGCGUGUCAUGUGUCACGAGCCAAUACAGGAAGUACCUGGCAGUCGCUGGCAGAGCUGAACAAUAGCAAUGAAGACACGAGUAAUUUAGCGAAUUAGUCAAUUAAUGUGAAGCUGUCUGACUCCGUAACUAAACGCAUGUUACCAACAUGGAAGGAGCUGUCAGAGUCAUCCUGUCCGUCCUCUUCCUGGCAGCGAAGAUAAACUGUCAAGAGGCGAUCUUACAGAUUUCAGAUGGAAGUACAGAAAGGGAGUACUGCAUUGUCCACAAUCAAUCCUGGACGCCCCUGUCACAAACCCUCGAUGAUGCCUUGCAGUAUCCACUGGUGAACAUGAUCUCCACUUUCCUUUGUAACGACUCUGGGGUCAAUCCAGAUCUGGUGAAGGGCAAGGCGUUGGUGGUGAUGCGCGGGGAAUGUGAUUUCAGCCAGAAAGCUCUGGUUGCUCAGAGGCUCAACGCCACAACUUUGCUGAUUGCCAGCAACACAGUAAUGGUCACUCCAACAGCCAACGACUCUGAGUAUGCAAAGGUCCACAUUCCUCUGGCUCUCAUGAGGUACAUGGACGUCCUUGAAGCGCAGCAGGUGUUUGGUGAAGGGAUGAAGGCGAAGCUUUACGCCCCACCUCACUCAAAGAUUGACGCAAGCAUUGCGGUCAUGCUACUGAUUGCCAUUGUCACGGUCGCCUUGGGUGGCUACUGGAGCGGGGCCUGUGAGAGAGACCGGUUGAAUGGUGUUUCAGGAGGAGGGGGAGACGGCAAAGCUGACAGCGGAGAGCUCUUCCUGUACUCUCCUCUCAAAGUGGUCUUCUUUGUUGCUCUGAUGUGUGGGAUGCUGGUCCUCAUGUACUUCUUCUACAACGUCCUUGUUUACGCAAUUAUUGUCAUUUUCUGCCUGGCGUCUGCCUCUGCACUAUUCAGCUGUCUAGAUGCAGUGAUGGAUUUAAUAGGUUGUGGAACUGGAAGCUUCUCAAUCCGAAAUUACAACUUCUCAGUGAGGUCUCUCGUACUGGCUGCUGUGUGCAUUAGCAUCGCCGUCGUCUGGGGAGUCUACAGGAAUGAAGACAGAUGGAUCUGGAUCCUGCAGGACCUCCUUGGCGUUGCUUUCUGCCUCAACUUCAUGAAGACCAUCUCACUGUCCAACUUCAAGAUCUGCGUGAUUCUGCUGAGCCUCCUGCUCGUGUACGACGUCUUCUUCGUUUUCAUCACUCCUUACUUCACUAAGAACGGAGUUAGCAUUAUGGUGCAGGUUGCCCUGGGCCCUGAUGCAUCAGGAGAGAAGACGCAAGGUAACAUGGUGGAAGUCCCCGCUGAACCCCAGGCUCCCUCUGAGAAACUGCCGGUGGUGAUGCGUGUCCCGCGCUUCUCAGCCUGGGCGCAGAACCUGUGCGGGAUGCAGUUCUCCAUUCUGGGUUACGGAGAUAUCAUUGUUCCAGGUCUCCUGGUGGCCUACUGCAGCAGAUUUGAUGUUUGGAUCAACAGCAGCAAGAAGAUCUACUUCGUCAGCUGCUGCAUAGCCUAUCUGCUGGGAAUGAUUGUGACAUUUGCUGUGAUGUUGCUGUCGGGGAAGGGGCAGCCCGCCUUACUCUACCUGGUGCCCUUCACCCUGAUAACCUCCGCCGUGGUGGCCGGGUGCAGGAGAGAGAUGAGGCAGUUCUGGGCAGGAAGCACGUAUGAGGUGUUGGACUCCUCCAGGGAACCUUUACUGCCAGAAGGAAGAGCUGACCGCUGCGUAGAAGGAGAACGAUGCUGAUUUGCAGGUUUCAGAAUGGACCCUACUGCUGGAUGAUUUUUUCUUUUUUUAAACAUUUUUAAUACUAUUUGCAAAGCAAGAGAAUAAAAGUUAUUGAUCAACAGUUUGGGUUAAUUUGCCUGCUGUACGGUUAGAAGGCUAAUGAAUAUUGUGUAGGCUUGUUUAGUGCCUGAAAGGUCUGUUAGGCUCAUGUUCAGACAUCUCUAAUGACUUGGUGAUGAUUGCAUACAACAAAAUGAGAAAGCACUUUAUAAUAUUCAGCUUGACGGGUGUUUCAUCGAGGGUGGGGUGGGCUUAAAUUACUAGUAGCCACAAUGUCAUACAUUUUUGAUAACUGUUUUGGGGUCUCUGUGUAUCCUGUUUGUAUGAUGUGAUUUCUUUUAAUGCCUUAUAUUAAAAUUACCUUAUAUUUAA